AUGCCUCGACCCCUCACGGAACCUGGCAUAGAUCCCAAUGUGAGCAAUCCCAAAUGGGACCGGCUCAACCAAUUACCGCAGGCGGACAGCGACAUCAAGGUGAUCGACUACUCCCGCGACCAGAUGAUAGAGCGAGACGUGAAGGUAUCGGCAUUGGCCACUUUCGUCAGGGAUGAGCCAAAGCCUUCAUGGGCAGCCUGCCGAUGGAUUUACGUCAACGGCGUGAAUUGGCAUGUCAUUCGGAGUCUAGGAAGCACGUACAACCUGCAUCCCUUGGCGAUUGAGGAUGUUAUGGAUACACGAUCCCCUACCAAGGUCGACUGGUACCAGAACCAUUGCUUCCUGGAGAUGAACAUGGCCAGGCUUGUGCACCUUGAGGACGACGAUCCUCGCGCGACCGAGGAUCCAGAGAACAUUCUGCGGAAACGUCAUGGCAACCACAAGUGGCGACUGCUAUCCCCAGGGCACUUUGGUAUGUCAGUCGAGCAAGUCUCGAUGUUUCUGACAGACGACAACACCCUCAUCACCAUUUUCGAGAAUGGUGGGUCGGAAGUGCUCAGCCCGAUCUUGGCUCGAUUGCAAUCACCCUCGACUGUCGUCAGGUCUAGCAAUGACCCAUCGAUGCUCCUUCAGGCCGUCAUUGACGCAGUGGUGGACCUCUCCUUACCCAUUGGUAAAGCUGUCGGCGAUGCCUUCGACAACCUCGAACUGGCGGUCCUCUCCACACCGAAGAUCAAUCAGUCGAAACGCCUCCAUAUUCUCCGCUCAGGACUGACCCUGCUCAAAGAGCACACAAUAGCCGUGGAGAGCCUCAUAAGAGCUCUCAUUGAUCACCGCGCCGUCUUGAACUUCCGAGCCCAAGACGGAACAGCACCUGGUGGGAGCCUCAUCCCCAACCAAAUACCGACCAGCGUCCAAAUCUCGCGUAUGGCUCAAGUGUACCUGCAGGAUGUGCGAGAUCACGCUGCUGGUCUGUCAAACUCCACGUCAAUGGCGAUCCGUUCGGCUGAGCACCUCACCACGCUCAUCUUCAACUCCAUCGCAGCAAGCCAGAAUGAGAGUGUUCGCAAGCUGACGCUCGUGUCAAGUUUCUUCUUGCCGCUGACAUUCUUGACUGGCUACUUCGGCAUGAACUUCGACCCAAUGCCAAUCGUAAACGACCAUUCGGAUGUGUACUUCUGGUACAUAGCGACACCAGUCAUGCUGACCACAGUACUGCUCAUGUCGACGAGAGUAGAAAGAUUCGGUCCUCUCGCAUGGGCAAGGAGGAGACGGAUACGCCAACAAACGAAGCUGAGAGAACGAAAUCUGAAUGGAAAGAGGAAACCUGGUGCUGAAGGCCGAGACGAGUAG